UUUUAAUUACUGUCUACUACAGCCACAUCAAUCGCAAAGCUAGCCUACUUGUGGCAUAAGUGCCUACCACUUAGUGGUCACCCAGCCAACUUGCAGUGUAAUCUCCUCCACUUGUAGGUCUCUGAGCUGCAGCAACACCUAAAUGCUCUGACACAAAGGCAUAAAAGAAACCAUGGCUUUUAACCUCCUCUUGGAGAGGUGAGAGUCUCCAGCCCUGGAUCGCAGGUCUUCUAUGGAGGGACUGUCGGGAAUCCUGUUAGAGCAUCCCAUCCACACAACCUCUUGCCAUAAAAACAAAGCAGAAUGUGUGGUGAAGGAACUCCGGAAUGACAGAGCCUUGUCCUUACUUCAUGCAAUGGGCUAGCAAGGUGCUAAACAGAGUGCCGGUGGCACAAAGGAUAACGCUUAUGACUACGGAUCUGAAGAUUCUAGGUUACGGAAACCAGGAAGCUGUGUAUGAGAGAGUGCGUAAGUGUAUGAGUGGCACUUGUGCAAGCGGAGCAGGGAAGUGCGAGCGAUCAGAAAGAACUGGAAAGAACUCCGGAAUGACAGAGCCUUGUCCUUACUUCAUGCAAUGGGCUAGCAAGGUGCUGAACAGAGUGCCGGUGGCACAAAGGAUAACGCUUAUGACUACGGAUCUGAAGAUUCUAGGUUACGGAAACCAGGAAGCUGUGUAUGAGAGAGUGCGUAAGUGUAUGAGUGGCACUUGUGCAAGCGGAGCAGGGAAGUGCGAGCGAUCAGAAAGAACUGGAGUGUGGGCCAAGACUGGGCCUCAUGAGUGGCAGUUCCCAUAUGGUCUAGCGGUCAGGAUUCCUGGUUUUCACCCAGGCGGCCUGGGUUCGACUCCCGGUUUGGGAAGGCUUGAGCGCUUUUGCUUCUGUCCUUUUCGGCCAGCAGCCGGACUGCAGCGACCCUAUAGUGUGAGGUUGUGGAACUCCCUCGUCAGCCUUCGAUAGCUCAGUUGGUAGAGCGGAGGACUGUAGGUGGGAUGUUGGCAAUCCUUAGGUCGCUGGUUCGACUCCGGCUCGAAGGACGACUUUUGCGCUCAGAGCCGCUUUCUUCCCUUUGCGAAGACUGCAUGCGCACCAAGACACCUGGUAUGUUUGAAUGUCAAACCUACCCCAAGCUUAAACCCAAUCUCACAGUAACAAACAAGAUGAGUUUUCAUUUAUUUAAUGUCUUUUAUAUGGCACAGAAAACAACCUAAUGUAUUUUAUUAAAAGGCAGCAAUGAUGAAAAUCAUUUUUUGUAAGCUGUUUGGACAGAUCUGUGUGUAUUGUGUGUCAAAAGCGAUAAUGGAGUGAUAUGAAGACAAUAACUCUUAUUUUUAAAUUUCCUGAUGUUUAAACAGGAUCCCAAACCCCUCCCAUUUUGGGGCCUACUGGAAUGUGAUGUAGGUUUGCAGUUUUUCCACACACCAAUUUGAAUGACAACCAUGUAUUAACAUGUCUUCAUAGUAGUGCGUAUAACCAUAUCAACAAGAUGCAAUGUGCACAAAG